AUGCUGUACAGCCGACCCAGUGAAGAGCUUUCCAAGGUGCUGAGAACUGAGCCGUGGAAAAGAGACAUUGAGUACUUUCAAGAAGUGCACGUAUCUGCGUUAGCUCUGGCAAAGAUGGCCACACACGCAAAACAAGGCAAGCACGAGGAGAUCAUGGGUAUUCUAACCGGAAGCGUUAUUGAAAACGCAUUUGUGGUGCUGGACUGCUACGGGUUGCCCGUUGAAGCAACUGAGACCCGGGUCAAUGCCAUGGGUGAGGCAUACGAAUAUAUGGUCCAGUACAUUGAAAGCCAGCAGUCUACUGGCAAUUCCGAUAAUAUUGUGGGCUGGUACCACUCACAUCCGGGAUAUGGCUGCUGGUUGUCGGGAAUUGAUGUUACAACCCAGCAACAAAACCAAGCAUACCAAGAUCCGUUUCUGGCUAUUGUCGUGGACCCUGUACGCACUACUACGAGUGGCCAAGUGGAUAUUGGGGCCUUUAGAACAUUUCCAGAGGGUACCACCCGGCCAAUUGUGGGAGCCAAUCGUGAAGCGACCCUCAGCAAGUACGGUGCGCAUGCUCACAAGUACUAUCCUUUAGAAGUUUCCUAUUUCGGCACUUCUCUAGACGAACCAAUUUUCGAUCUGGUCUGGAACCGGUAUUGGACGUCUCUGCUGGCAGAGUUGCAAUUGAAAGAAGAUAGAGAGUACGGGAUUAGUCGGCUUGCCAGUGUCAACAACCGACUGAACCAGCUAGGCAAAGUCAAUCUGGAAACAAGGUCGCACACAAAAUGGGGCAAGCUGGCCGCGCUGUCCACUGAACUGUCAAAGUACGCUUCUAAUGAUAUUGGUAGUUUGGUGAGCCAGAAAAAUUGUGACGCCUUAUUUAAACAAUAA